GUGAGGCUCGACCUACAAAUCUGAAAUUGUGUUUUGUUGGCAGGUGAUCUGUACUCGUUACGACUUACGAUUAGAAAAAGAUUCGAACUCGUCACUUCGUCAGCUGUACUUUCUUUCUCUUUCUCUGACAGAAACAGAACAGAGUAGGAAGGUUCUCGCUUCCCAUAACUAAAUAAAUAGCGUCAAGCAGCUCUUUCUUUGCAAGUUGCAACCAGGAAUGGAGGAGCACAAACACGAAAGGGAGAACCUCAUUAUUGUUGAGAGUGUUUGGGUCAAUGGAAUCCUGACGCCUGCUACGCUCUCUGGAGACGGAAAAAUCCGGUGGACGGAGAACCAAGAGCGGUGUUUAAUCUUGGAGAAGGAGGUUCUAGGAUUUGUCGUAGAGGGUUCUAAAAUCAGAAUUAAGGCUGUUGUGGAGAAGGAGAGCGGAUUUUCUUGCGUUGUUAACCGCGGGAUUCGAGUCAGGAGGGACUUCGUGUUCGAGCCUUUGUCUCAGGAGUCGCACCAGCUUUGGUGCCAGAAACUUCAAGAAUGCAUUGAUUCUCUUGACCGGCCAAGAAGGUUGCUUAUUAUCAUGAACCCGUUCGGGGGAAAGAAAUAUGCAUCUAAGAUUUUCCAAGAUGAAGUUGAACCACUUCUUGAAGCUGCUAAUGUCCAGUAUACGGUACAAGAGACUCAAUAUCAACUUCACGCAAAAGAAAUUGCUCAACAAUUGGAUCUCUCUAAGUAUGACGGGAUUGUAUGCGUUAGUGGAGAUGGUGUUUUGGUUGAGGUAGUAAAUGGGUUGCUCCAAAGAGAUGAUUGGGCUGCCGCAAUAAAAAUGCCUCUUGGGAUAAUUCCAGCAGGUACAGGAAAUGGAAUGAUAAAGUCUCUUCUGGAUUCAGUUGAUGAUUCUUGUUCAGUGACUAAUGCUACUCUCGUUGUAAUUCGAGGUCACAAGUGUUCACUGGAUGUUGUUACUGUCUCGCAAGGGCAGACAAGGUUUUUUAGUAUUUUGAUGCUUGCAUGGGGUCUGAUUGCAGAUAUUGAUAUAGAAUCUGAGAAAUAUAGAUGGAUGGGAAGUGCUCGACUAGACUUCUAUGCUCUUUUGAGAAUAAUAUAUCUGCGGAAGUAUAAUGGACGUGUUUCCUUUGUGCCUGCACCUGGGUAUGAAGCUUAUGGUGAGCCAAGCAACCAAAGUGGUGCGCACCCUAGCAAACUCCAUAUAUGUGGUCAAGGCCAAGAAGAUACUGUUAAUAUUGGACAAUGUGGCUAUCAAGGACCUCCAGUUUCAUUGAAUGAUUUGGAGUGGAGGACUAUUGAUGGACCAUUUAUUUCAGUUUGGCUUCAUAAUGUGCCAUGGGGUAGUGAAGAUACCAUGGCGGCACCCAAUGCCAAGUUCUCAGAUGGUUAUUUGGACUUGAUCAUUAUGAGGGAUUGCACAAGAGCAUCCAUAUUAGCAUCAAUGUCAAAAUUGAAUGAUGGAAGUUAUGUCAAGUUGCCAAAUGUCUUGUAUUUGAAGGUGAAAGCAUUUGUUUUGGAGCCAGGUCAGCAUUCUGAUUGCCCAACAAAAGGUGGCAUCAUAGACUCAGAUGGGGAAGUCCUGGCCAGAGGAGAGGGCACAUACAAGUCUGAGCGAAAAAGGGAUUUAAUGGUUUAUGAUUCGAUCCAAAUGACUGUGGAUCAAGGUCUAGCUACUCUAUUUUCUCCAGUUGAUAUUAUUUCUUGAUCUUGUAUCCGUUUUUCUAUUCUGUUUUAAGUAUGCAUUUUUGGGGGGUUUUCUAUUCAUUUCUUUGUAUAUAAAUACAAGCAAGGAGGAAAAAAAUUCUGUUGUUAAAAAGAGUAGAAAAGAAAAAGAUACUUGUUUGUAAGAUGAAUGUUGGAAAUUGGAUUUGCUAUCAGGUUGCUUUGAAAGCCUUCAAAAUAACCCUUGCUUUUGAAAACUAUUUGGGUCAAGGGUCAUUCUGUUUGUACCGUUACCAUAUACUUUGAAUGAUGUUGGAGGCAUUAAUAUGAAAGUGUGUUUUCUUCA